AUGGUUUUGCCCUCCCUGAGGUGCCAGUCAUCUCUCCAUGUGUUCAUAGAUUUCCAGCACAAGAAGUGCCACGAGGUAGAAAGUGCUGCCUGCAUUGACCUCAGCUCCAAACCCAAUUGCUUGAAAAACUCCUGCUUGGCCAAGUUCAAACAUAAGUCCCCACAGCAUACCCUGUGUGUCCUUGUUUUCCUGUGGGCCUUCUACAUGUCCUUGAGUGCUCACUUCUCCUUGUCCUCUAAUGCCAUUCACAAUGUAACCUCAAAUGUCAUUGUCUUUAUUACUGAACCCUGCAAAAUUGUUCAAAUGAGUUACUUCUUCAGGCAUUUAUUUUCUGUAUUAGGUGUAUUCCGGGAUGUCUUUCUCAUAGGGUUAAUGGCUCUUUCAAGUGGGUACAUGGUGGCCCUCUUGUGCAGGCAUAGGAGGCAUGUCCAGCACCUACACAACAACAGGCUUUCUCCAAAGGCAUCCCCUGUGCAGAGGGCCACCUGGACCAUCCUGCUGCUCAUGAGUUUAUUUGUGCUCAUGUACUGUUUGGACAGCAUCUUCUCCUCCUCAAGAACUACAGGGAACAAUGACCCAGUUUAUUAUUAUAUCCAUAUGAUGGUGGCCAAUGGCUAUGCCACAACCAGUCCUAUGCUGCUGAUCUGCACUGAAAAACAAAUCAUUAACUUUUUGAAAUAUUUGUGGGUGAAGAUAGCACAUACUUAA